AUGCAGUCAAUUGAAGUAAAGGACGCACCAGAAAUUCCAGGUGAAGGAAAACCAAGGCGUAACGCUUGCUCUCCUGAUAAAUUGAUUGAUUUUCCUCCUGAAGCAACUACUUUAUAUGAAAAUUUUUUGCACGGAGCUAUCGCUGAACUUGCUUGUAAUCAAUACAAUUUUGUAUCUGUACCACUUUAUGAUACUUUGGGUGCAGAAGCACUUAAAUACAUUAUGACUCAGACAGAGUUAGAAUUUGUAUUCACAACUUCUAAUAAAGGUCGAGUUCUUUUAGAUAUGAAAGAAUCAUUACCAACUCUUAAAACUAUUAUCAUUUCUGGUGAUAUAGAUCAAGAUUUUAUAAAUCGUGCUAAUGAAUUAAAAGUUCAAGUUAUCGAUUUCAAGACUGUAGAAAAUGAUGGUAAAACUCAUAAAGCAGAAGCAGUCAAUCCUAAACCCGACGAUAUUGUUACUAUUUGCUACACUAGUGGUACUACUGGAAUGCCUAAAGGUGUAGUUCUGACUCACAAGAAUUUAAUGUCAAUGGUUGGUAGUUUAAUGUUUCUUAGUGAAAAUGGAAAGUUGAUAAAAAUUACCAAGGAUGACGUGCAUAUUUCGUAUUUGCCAUUGGCUCAUGUAUAUGAAAAAACAAGUGAAAUUACAUUGAUUUACGCUGGUGCUGCAAUUGGAUUUUAUCAAGGUGACACUUUGAAAUUAUUGGAAGAUAUUGCUGAAUUGAAGCCGACUGUAUUUGUUUCUGUACCAAGAUUACUUAAUAGGAUAUAUGAUAAAGUGUUUGCUUCAGUUAAAGAAAAAAGUGGAUUAUCUCAAUGGAUGUUUACAACGGCGUAUAAUACCAAAAAGAAUGGUUUGUCAAAUGGUUCAACUGAUCAUUGGUUGUGGGAUAAAUUA